AUGGUGGAGUCAUCUGAGCAAAUUAUGCAAAGUUUAACAAAUUCAAUUUAUGUUUUCAGUCAGUGUCUGACUACGUCACUUCGUCAUUUUGUCGACGGCAACAAUUGGAUUGAGCGAGGAAACGACAAUGGAAGAAAUAAAGUUGCAAGCGCACAAGGACAACUUUCGGAUAUAAUCGAAAAUCCAAGAAGAGCGCUAGCGAGGAAACUCGCGGCAUUGGGGUCGGUGAGAGUGGAGCUUCUCCACAUGCUCCACCUCCCGACCCUCUGGACCCGCGUCAUCCCGGACUACGAGGAACACACCGCGCGAACAAAAAUGGUGCGAGUGCUCCAUGAUGGAGAAUUCAUCACCAUACCCUUGAUGGAUCACUACGAGAGACACUACGAGUACACUCUCGAAUACCCAGACCUCCCACUGGUCCGACUCGAAAGUUACCGGACCACGGCGGAGGCUUUCCCAAUGGAAAUGAUAUUACUUGUUUGA